UCCUUUUCAAUUUUCUUCACCUUCCUCCUGCGUCGAUGCUUAAGGAAGAAGGUUGAUCCGAUCGUUUCUGUGAAAUCGAUUUUAGGCGCUGGAGAUCUGUCUUCUGCACUUCUAAUUGAUCAUUUUUCCCUCUGGAAAUCUAUUCGUUGUUGGAAGAAGGGAGACAAUGGAUGAAUCUCUUGGAUUUGUUAAAUCAUGUUUCGAUAUCCCCGGUUUAUCACUCGAGCUUCGUGGUUGAGGAGGGAAUAACAAAAGCAUGCGGUUGCCCUGUUCUUCCUCUCAAGAGCCAUAUAAAGGGUCCUGCCCCGGUUUCGGAACAAGAUAAAACGGAUAUCGUGGACGAAGCCAUCACCUUUUUCAGAGCUAAUGUCUUCUUCCGAAACUUCGACAUCAGAAGUCCUGCUGAUAAGCUCCUUAUUUACUUGACGUAUUACAUAAACGUGGCUCUGAAGAGGCUCGAAGGGUGCAGAACAUUAGCAGUAGGAACAAAGGCGAUCAUCAACUUGGGUUUGGAAAACAUUCCUGUGCCGGGUGAAGCUGGGUUUCCUUUCCCAGGUCUCUUUGUGCUUCCCCAGUCUCAGGAAGAAGCAGAUCUUUUCAGGAAUUAUCUGAAGCAGGUACGUGAGGAAACAAGCGGGAGGCUACUGAGUGUAGCGUAUAGAGCCAACGGGACGCCGAACAAGUGGUGGCUGGCUUUCGCCAAGAGGAAAUUCAUGAACGUCGUCGCCCUCUGAAACGAUUAAUCUCUGGUAAUUCAUGAACUUCUUCUUCUUCUUCUCCUUCUUCUUGCAGAAAAGAGAAAAGUGAGGACCUUUAGUUUCUGCUGAUCCCAUCCCUUUGUUCUCUGUCCUCAUGUACAAAUAAUGCCAAGUGGGUUCUCAAAAUGUUAAUGAUAUUCUUUGUUUUGUUUGUGUAACUUCUCUGUCUAAAUCUUUACUUUGUUCCACUUCAGUAAAGAUUUUGUAAACCGUGUAGUAGUUUAUUAUA